GUAAUCUUCAGCCCCUUUAUUAUAAUCCUUGAGAGAUUUUUUAUUCAAAGCCAUCGCUUAAACAUACUUCAAGAUGCAGUGCUCAAAGAUUCUGUACAUGACUGCCAUGCUGGCCAUCGGAGCCCAUGGGCUUGCUAUAAGAGCAGCAAGUUCCACGUCCACCACUGCAGUUCCUGCACCGACCGUGCAGCCCUGGACUCAUACACCUACCUGGACCGACGUGCGCUCCUCUGGUGAGCAGAAGCGCGAAGCAGCCGGUGCAGCGAUUGGCACCAAUGGCUGGACACAUGUUCCCGAGGAGGCCAAUAAGCGCGAAGUAGACGCCGCAGCCGUUGGACCCGAGCUCUGGACUCACGUUCCUGACACCUGGACAAAUGCUAAAAAGCGUGGAGUGAUCGGCGCCGAGGGCUGGACACAUGUUCCCGAGAAGGCGAACAAGCGCGGACCAGUCAUUGGCACCGAGGGCUGGACACAUGUUCCUGAGAAAGCCAACAAGCGCGGAACAGUCAUCGGCGCCGAGGGCUGGACACAUGUCCCCGAACAGGCCAACAAGCGCGGAUCAGUCAUUGGCACCGAGGGCUGGACACAUGUUCCCGAGAAGGCCAACAAGCGUGGAGUGAUCGGCGCCGAGGGCUGGACACAUGUUCCCGAGAAGGCGAACAAGCGCGGAACAGUCAUCGGCGCCGAGGGCUGGACACAUGUCCCCGAACAGGCCGACAAGCGCGGACCAGUCAUUGGCACCGAGGGCUGGACACAUGUUCCCGAGAAGGCCAACUAG